AUGACUCCUGCCGUCAAGUAUGGGCAGAUCAUCGAGUAUAUCCCAGCGUCGUCAGUUGGCGCAACAUUAUUACACAUUGCUAGCAUAUCCUUCCUAAUGGAUUAUGAUUCUAUGGUUAAAUGGGCUGCAUCUGUAUCUGGCGGCGAGGAAUACGAACUGAGCGCAUCACAACAAUCACAACAACAACAACAGCGCCCGCCAGCGCAACCCACUCGUCCGUUCAUUGUGCUAACCUUCACAGACCGACUGUAUCUAGCAUCCUAUACUACACCGCCAACCCCCGACACUCUCUUCCCAUAUCCUGAUCGCCAACCUACCCGAAGAUCCCCUAGCAAGCGGUCAACUAGAGCUGUGGAUGGUCCUUCCGCUGUGGUGUCAGAGAGAGAUCGCACCCCUCCCCACUAUUUCUCCAUCGACGAUUCAUUGUUAUACAAUGCCUUCCACCACGAUUUUGGACCACUGCAUAUUGGACACCUGUACCGAUUCGCUGUCCAAUUCCAUGAUAUUCUUGGUGCACCGGAGAAUGUAGGCAAGCCAGUCGUAUUCUGGAGCAAGGCCGAUGCACGAAGCCGAGCAAACGCUGCCUGUAUUCUUGCCUCGUACAUGGUCCUCAUCCAGUCAUGGGCACCACAUCUUGCGCUUGCGCCAAUAGCACAAGCCGACCCACCUCUCAUGCCUUUCCGCGACGCAGGCUACAGUCAAGCAGACUACGGGAUUACGGUACAAGAUGUUGUAUAUGGUGUUUGGAGAGCAAAGGAGCAAGGGUUCUGCGCAUUGCCAUCAUUUGAUCUUGAGGAAUAUGAAAGAUAUGAACGGGUAGACCAGGGGGACUUUAAUUGGAUAACACCGGACUUCCUCGCAUUCGCAUCACCACAACAUACUCCUGUUGCGCCAAUACUGCCAUCUUCUCCACUAUAUUCGACGCUUCCAUCAACCUUGGAGGCAGUUGAUGCUCAUCCUACACUCCCAAACCCGUUCAAAAACGUUCUGAAGCACUUCUCGAACCGUAAUAUCGGCCUCGUCGUGCGUCUUAACUCGGAACUGUACUCGCCAUCGUACUUUACUGCACUUGGAAUAGAGCACUUGGACAUGAUCUUCGAUGAUGGCACUUGUCCAUCUCUUAGUGUCGUUCGCAAGUUCAUCAAGCUCGCCCACGAAAUGAUCACGGUGAAGAAGAGAGGAAUUGCUGUUCACUGCAAGGCAGGACUUGGCCGGACUGGGUGCUUGAUUGGAGCCUACCUGAUCUACCGCUAUGGCUUCACUGCUAACGAGAUCAUUGCAUACAUGCGCUUCAUGCGGCCAGGAAUGGUUGUUGGUCCUCAACAACAUUGGCUGCACCUGAACCAGGGAACUUUCCGUGAAUGGUGGGUAGAAGAGCAAUUUGAGGAGAAAAUGAAGGCGAAGCUGGCAACCAUGGCACCAAGCACACCAACAAGACAAGGCCAAAAGCCUUACCUUGCCAACAACCAGAUUGCCACCCCUCCCAACCGACGAUCACCACUUGGAGAAGUCGACAACGAGCAGCGAAAUAGCAUCGGUAUCCAAGAAGACUGCCUCCCAGCUCCAACACCAGGGCAGCCCAGAAAGACAAGCAGGGCAGUGGACCGCCACCACCCAUACAGCCGCAACGUCUCCACAUCCUACAGCACGACAGAGGACGAGCAUACGCUGCAACGAGAAACAGAAAUGAUCUCCAUCCAUCGCCAAUCCCUCGACGACCCCGAAGGCGAAGACGAAUGGCAAGUCCGCAUGCGCACCAACCGCAAACCCUCGCGUUCGCCCGGCCGCAGCGAGAAGAGCUCCCGCUCCAUCAGCCAAACAACCACCACAAUCUACACCAGCACCAUCGAUAAUGAUAGCAGAAACGAUAUCGAGAACAUCGGCGCGUCACCAAACCGUCCCAAGACGCCUGGCACAGUGAAGUCUGGCAGUGGCUCAAGCACGCUCAACAAAGUCCGCGGCAGCCCAAAGCGCAGUGGCGAUAGCUUGCGCAACAAGGAGCCAUCUGGGGUCCGCAAGACGAGCGGGCGCGUAGGCAGCGUCAACGCGUCGCGGAAGGUGUCGGGGUUGUAG